ACAUGACAUUUUGUCAUAAGACGACAACAUGGCGGACGGAAGAACAACAUUUGUUGCAGUAUUGUCCGUAUUUCUCCUGGGUUUAUGCCAACAUGGGAGCAGCCAACAGCCUAGCCCGGUUUCACCCCUUAUAGUUGAGGAGCAACUUUUGUACGUAGGCGGCACAUGGGGAGAGGUCCACACAUACAGGAUCCCCAUCAUGGUGGGCACUCCCAAAGGAAACCUGAUUACAGUAGUGGAGGCCAGGCAGUUCAGCUCGGGUGACUCAGGGCCAAAGUUCAUGGCCAUCAGGAGGUCAGAGGACAAAGGUUUCACCUGGUCAGAGAUGGACUAUGUCCUGAAUGAUGGCUCCUUCCAGGAUGGGAUGAACCUGGGCACCAUCCUGGUGGACGAAAUCACCAACGAGAUCUUCAUUUUCUACACCCACUGUGCACAUUACUAUGAGUGUAAGGUGUCGACAACCUACCUGGUCAGCAGUAAGGAUGAGGGCAAGUCCUGGAGUCAUCCCAGAAAUCUCUCAGAGGAGAUUGGUACCAUGAUGUUUGCACCAGGACCUGGAUACGGUAUUCAGAAAAGGUACGCCCCCAACAAAGGCAGGCUGCUUACGUGUGGCCACGGCACGUUGGCUGGUGACGGUGUGUUUUGCUUGAUAAGCGAUGACCACGGUGCCCACUGGAGGUACAGCGGAGUCAUGAAGAGUAUUCCCUACAAGCAGUCCAAGAAAAGGGGGGAUUUUGACCCAGAUGAGAACCAGCCAGUGGAGCUCCCGGAUGGCUCUAUCAUAGUGAACGCCAGGAACCAGUACCUGUACCACUGCCACUGCCGCAUCAUCAUGAGGAGUUACGACGGCGGGGAGACCUUCCCCCUGGAGCAUCUGUACUUCGACGAGACCCUGAUCGACCCGGCCGUUGCCGCAGGCGUGUUCUACCACAACGGGGUCAUGUACUUCAGCAACACUGCUUCUGAGGUCCAUCGUGAGAACAUGAUGUUGAGGUGGAGUUACGACAACGGUACGACAUGGCCGGGAGCGCUGCCCAUCUGGGACAAACCUGCCGCAUACUCCACACUCAUGAUGCUGCCCACUAACGACAUGGACGACCAGCAACAUCUGUACCUGCUGUAUGAAAAGGGAGUGAAGAGUUCAGCAGAAAGUAUUUCCUUGGUGAAGAUAAGUUUGUAUGGCAACCUAUGAGGAAACUCAGAGAUUAU